GUCGCGUCCCCUGCACCUCCACAACUAAUAACAGUGCCAAUUCGAACUUCAGUCCCUAGCUUCACCACGUCGACUGACAUGCGCUCCCGAGCGCCGCCCGCCACACAAUGAUUGACUUUACCAUUUUCCAGGCGGCAUUCCCCAUAGACGGGCCAUACCCGUACAAUCAAACUGGCGUGCGCUCCAUUGAAACCUUUCGCAAGUCAUUCGACGGCGUCCUGUUCAUCGAUCGCGUGCUCAAGGCGCUCGACAUUGGCGAUGGGAAAGUAUACCCCCCAAAGGGCGAAAAUGCUCUGCGCACCCUACAUCGCCAGAUUUGCGAGAGCAAGGUCUCUUCACACCAUAAGCUAUCAGUUUUAUUCUACUUGCUGCUCGACUUUGACGACGUCCGUGGCGGCCGUUCUCUCCUCGCCGGCGCCCUUGCUGAAGAAUCAGGACUGCCCCAGACUUAUCAGGUCCUUAUGAGAGGGUUGUGGCAUAUGGAUCGCAAGGAGUUCAAGUUUGCUCUCGAGCAUCUUGCCCAUCCUUCGCUACCUCCUUCCGAGUUUGCCGACGACAUCAUCAUCGCCCUGGUUCGCCAUGCUGUGGGUCAUGACUACAGCCUGCCGUUAGCCUACUACCACACCAUUCGGCCUAUAUUCAAGAAGGCCGAAGCGCUGGAUCUCCUCUUCGGCGCACUGGCGCGGACCAAUGUCAUAGAAGCACUUUAUUUCUUGCGCGCGUAUCCCGAUCACAUCCGUCAGCAGUUGUUCGAGAGGCUCGUGUCGUCCGUCCUUGACCACCCCCAAGCCGUCGGCCCCAGGGGCAGGGAGCUUGUAAGUUUGCCGCUCAGUAGCGCCGAGGAGAAAUGGCUGCAAGACUAUCUCACGGCAGGCGACGGGAAAAAGUCUAAGAACGCAAAACCCGUCACCCAGAUGAGACAGAUUGUCACGGGCCGGGUUCGUGGGUCCCUCACAUUUGGUGAGCCCGGUGGGCAGGUCUACUCUGCCAGGGCACGGUAAGAGAAUUUGGUUCAUGGUGUCGUUUAGCAGAAAGAUCACAGCGACGGCGUUUAGUUGUUAUUUAGAGUGCUUGCAUACCGGAGACAUUCCAGAGUGAGGGUUUCUCCCGCUCAUCUUUUGCUUUUCGGGGGCACUGGCCAGCAGUUGCCAAAUAAGUUACCGACGGUGGUCUUGUCUAGACCUGGCUUGCUGGACUAUUAAGUCGGGAUCGGGAUAAGCUUCGUCCUUGGUCUGGCCAUAACCCAACAUGGGCUGUAUGUGAAGGUAGAAGUUCGGAAUAUUACACAUGGGGCAGCCUAGCAUCCCCCAUGGUCGACUUGGCUGUUAGGGGCGUUAGACGGCCCUCUUGUGUUUGGCGGUGACUUGUAUGUACAAGGUUCGUAUACUCGACAAGUUUUACACCGUCUUUCAGUCGUAAACCAUCCCCAUAGGGUAGAGCAAUUUAUGAGGUGAGAACGUG